AAAGGAAAUCGCUAGUUUCCGGAAACAGACAGAGUGAGCUGUCUUUCACAAAUUAACUCAUAUCAUCAUGUCAGAGGACCAUAAUGGAACAACAACCAUGGAGGUGGACACUACUUUUAUCAAAUCCAAGAGGGGGAUCUUGAAAGUGGCAGAGAUGGGGACUCUGCUUGUGGCAUUUGUGUCUUUCGCUGUAGCAUCCACACCCAGGUACAUUGCAGCCACACUGUUGGAGCUUGUGAUCACUUCCCUCCUGUUGGCGCUGUACAUGUUCAAAGUCAACAAGAGGCUGACUUUCUUCUUUUGGCCUCUCAUUGAUGUUUUUAAUUCAGUGUUUGCAGCUGUCUAUUUUAUUGUCUUGAGCCUGGUGGCAUUGACUACAUACACUGUCACAGGCACACUGGUUGGAGGGAUAGUUGGUUUAAUGUCAGCUGGGCUGCUGUGCGUGGACAGCUACAUGCUUUUCAAAAACAUCACAUUCAACAAUCGAAGAAGUGAAACCCAGGAUCAAGACAACCAAUGACUAAAUCAAUUACAUGACAUGAAUACAGUAUACUUUGUGAGCAGUUCAAAUCCAUACCACUGAUUAAUUUCCUUUAAAGUUAUUGUAAGGCUGUACUCUGGACAAUGAUUCAGAGUUCCAGGAUUCAGCAUAUUUCAGAUUCCAACUGUAUUCAAAUUGGUGCUGCAACUUAUUUUUGAAAGAUGUUUUUCGAUAUUUUAAAUUGACAGAAAUCUAAUGUACACAACAAAUAUCAAUAAAGAUUUUUUUUUUCUUUGCCUUGUGA